AGUUCACGAACAAUUUUCUCUCUAAGAGCGUUACAUGACCGAGAACUGAAUUUUUUUCCGAGAUACUCUCUCGCGUCCUGCGAAGUCCAAUGUUAUAUUGACCGUUAUUAUUCGAAGAUCUUCGCAUGGUACAAGUUGAGAGAAGUCGAGAGGUCCCCUGGUAACGCGAUAGUGCUUAUCGAUAAGUUUUAUUAUUCGGCUCUGCUUCCAACGGAAGAUUACCUCGUUUGCAUCGGAAUGAGCAAGAUGUUCGGUCUUGCCAUUAAGUUGCUGGUGAUCUUAUGUGGCGUUUCCUGUAUUACCACUGAAAAAUCGCCAACCUUUAGCAAAGCUUAUACAGUGAAAGGCACAUUGUACAUCCCAUAUGCAGAAAUUCGCGAACCGUUCUAUGCCUGGUAUGAUGAAAGUACCGGUUCCAGCAGAAUCGAUUACUACGGAGGUAUGGUGAAGACAUUUCAACUAAAAAACGAAGGACCGUAUGGAGCCAGCAUUAAAUUGGCGCCGAUUACCACCGAAACCUUGUCGAACAAGGAAACCUGCCUCCAAGUAAAUGGAACCGACGACUUUAAAAUUACACCACAAACGAUUAUUCCUGAUACGUUAGGAAUGGAAUGCAUUGGUGAAGAAAUGAUCGGUGGAUUGCAGUGCGAAAAGUGGCGUCUUGUACAAUCAUUUGGGGACAAAGUGAAUAAAUAUACCCUGUGGAUACGAUGGAAGAAAUCAACUACAGUCCCAAAAGUCAUGGAGCCAAUUCCAGUGCGGUAUGAAAUGCGAGGGUUCAAUUCUUUACUGGGAUCACAUUACGAUCAUUAUUACUUAGAUUAUGACUGGUUCUCAUCUGACUCUCCUAGUCCAGAUGUAUUCAAGAUUAUGGAAAAUACUACUUGCGUGAGCUUCCCAGGUCCCGGAGACAGACACAUAUACACUUUCAAUCCCAUGCGUGAAUUUAUUCACAAUGACGAUGCCCAUGUGGAUGUGAACUUCGACAGUUUUAAGAAAACCCACAAGAAACAAUAUAAAGACCACGUGGAGCACGGGAAACGGAAGGAAAUAUUCCGACAGAAUUUAAGAUUCAUCCAUUCCAUCAAUCGUGCGAGUCUGGGAUACCAAUUGGACGUUAACCAUCUGGCAGACCGUACGGAUCUUGAAAUGAAAGCUUUACGUGGUAAACGAUACAGUGGCGUCAAAUACAAUGGCGGAUUGCCAUUCCCAUACAACGUCGACCGAGAAUCUGCAGACAUUCCAGAUUCAAUUGAUUGGAGAUUGUUCGGAGCUGUUACUCCUGUCAAAGAUCAGUCAGUUUGUGGAUCGUGUUGGAGCUUUGGAACGACCGGCGCGAUCGAAGGAGCUUAUUACGUAAAAUACGGCAAACUCGUCAGAUUGUCUCAACAGGCACUGAUAGAUUGUUCCUGGGGCUUCGGCAACAACGGCUGCGACGGAGGGGAAGACUUCCGCUCUUAUCAGUGGAUGCUGAAGCACGGAGGUUUACCAACCGAGGAUGAUUACGGUGGCUACCUUGGACAAGACGGAUAUUGUCACAUAAACAACGUGACGUUAACGGCCAAGAUUACGGGAUUCGUUAACGUGACUCCUGGUGACCCGAACGCCUUAAAAGUCGCGAUUAUAAAGAACGGCCCCAUCUCGGUCUCCAUCGACGCCUCCCAUAAAACGUUCUCCUUCUACUCCAACGGCAUAUACUACGACCCUAACUGCGGCAACACCGAGGACAAACUCGACCACGCGGUCCUGGUUGUCGGAUACGGAUCGAUAAACGGCAAAGCGUACUGGCUGGUGAAAAACUCAUGGUCCAAUUACUGGGGCAACGACGGAUACGUACUCAUGGCGCAAAGAGACAACAAUUGCGGGGUAGAGACUGCGCCAACAUACGUAACAUUCGAUUGAUCGUCCUAAGAUACUUGCCUCUCAAGCGUCCGUCGACGUAUUUAAUCGGCGGACGGAGACUUUUAUUUUUAUUAACCGUGAAUACUUUCAAUCGUCGCUAAUAAUGGAGAAACAAAAAAAAGUGCAAACGGUCGAUUGCUUAUACCGACCCGCGCGAUAACCUGGAAACUGUCUAGGGAAAGUUGUGAUAAUAAAACAAUGGAUGCUCGUAGAA